UCCAGCUGGUGUAUGACAGGCAAACUGCUUGAUUGAAACGAUCAAACGCCGAGUGAAGCGUUUCAGUGAGCAGUUGAUGUAUUAUUAUUUUUAAUAAAUCUUUCCGGAAUGGCGUUGAUCGGGAUUCAGCUGGUGGUCAGUCUCCUGAUGGCUAGCAUCAUGCAGAGACUGGCUCCUCACUGCUCCUUCGCUCGCUGGCUGAUCUGUAACGGCAGCUUGUACAGGUUCAAACACCCUUCGGAGGGGGAGCUGUGUGCGCUGGCUGGGAAGCAGAUACCCAAGAACACCAAGAGAGAAAGGAGGCAGAACGGCGUGUCGGAGAACAAGCCGCUAACCGUGCCGAAAGACAUCGACCUGCAUUUGGAAGCUGCUCCUGUCAAAGCUUUGGACGCUCUGGUGCUGCGCUUCUUCCUGGAGUACCAGUGGCUGGUUGACUUUGCUGUCUAUGCCGCUGGCGUCUCCCUGUUCACGGAGGGAUAUUACUGCCUGGUGGACGGCAGCAAGGAGGUCAAUAUCGGGGCCAUCUGGUGCCUCUUUACCCUCAUAUUCUCCCUCAAGGUGCUCUUCACCCUGAUGAGUCACUACUUCCGCUCGGAGGAGGGCGGCGAGCGCUCGGUGUGCCUGGCCUUCGGUUUCCUCACCCUGCUGAUCGCAAUGCUGGUGCUGGUUGUGCGAGACGAGUACCUGGAGUUUGGCCUGGAGCCUGGUUUCGCAAACUUGUUUGAUAACUUGGAGAUUUUCCUCAGGCAGCAGGGAUGGGAGUGGGUGCCCUUCACCAAACUCACUGUCAAGCUGGGCCUGGCUGCUUUCUGCUCUUUCAUUGGUGCCCUGCUCGCCUUCCCUGGACUCCGAUUGGCUCAGACCCACCUGAACGCUCUCAAGAUGACAUCAGACAGGCCCAUGAUACAAAUUCUCCUGCACGCCAGCUUCCUGUCCCCCGUGAUCGUGGUCCUGCUCUGGGUGAAGCCCAUCACCCGCGACUUUCUGGAGAACGCCCCUCUUGGCAAGCAGUCCAUCACACUGAUGUCCAGCUCCACCUUUGACUCUGUGCGCUUGUGGACGGUGGUGGCUCUGUGCGCGCUGCGCCUGGCAGUCAAUCGGAUCCACCUGCAGGCCUACCUCAACCUGGCUGACCGCUGGGUGCAGCAGAUGAAGAGGGAGGCUGGACGCAUCGCUGCCAUCGACAUCCAGAGGAAGGUGACUCGUAUCUUCUGCUACCUGACUGUCGUGACUCUGCAGUACCUGGGACCCAUCCUGCCCAUGCUGUUCUCAACCCUGCUACUCAAAUCAAUGGGUGAUUACUCGUGGGGUUUGUAUCCCGAGUCCCCUAGGGUGACACCGGCCGUGCGCCCCGCCCCUGUGGUUCUGUCCCCUAGCCUGGACGAGGAGGGGGAGGAGAUGGAGGAGGACAUCCAAGCGACAGUGGCCCGUGUCUCAGAGGCCCUUGGCUCCCUGCGCAGUGUCUUCACUCCCCUGUUCUACCGUGGCCUCUUCGCCUUCCUCACCUGGUGGAUGGCAGCCUGCCAGCUCAUCACCAGCUUGUUCGGAGUCUACUUCCACCAGUACCUCGUGCAGUCGUAGUCUUGGGUCAGUGUGUCACUGCUGUCUUUGUCUUGGACUCUAAAGCAGUUAGCAGAUUCAAUGACUGAUUGAUCGCUCUACUGCUGAGCUGUUGAAUCCAGCCAGGAGAAGAUAUUGGACUGUGAACAAGCUUACAUGGUGGUUGCUAGGAAUUCAAAUGCUAUAGAUAUUACCAACAAGGUUGCUGAAAGAAUUUCAUAUAUUCUUGCAGUAUUAUUUUUUUUUCUAAUUUAAAUAUUUAAUCUGCAUCAAAGAUGUUGUAGAGCAGAAAUCUCGGGCUCACAGCCAGGGUGAUUUUGAAUCUGGCAGCUCAGAGGAUGGCACUGAUCUGAUCGGACGACUUCUGAAAGUUGCAAAAAUAUUACUUGCUAGAAAGCGACACACAGAUGGCUGAUUCUUUUUAACAAUUUCUGGCAAUUUUGCACUGGACCCUUUUAGUAAAAUAUGUUUUGGGGGGGGGCUGCUUGGUCCAUUGCCUGAAAAUAGGAUCAAAUUUUUUUUUUUUUUACCAGUAUUUCA